AUGAGGCUUAACCCCGAGAAAUGUACCUUCGGGGUCAAGGGAGGCAAAUUUCUGGGGUUCAUGUUAUCGGCGAGAGGCAUAGAAGCAAACCGAGACAAGUGCCAGGCCGUAUUAGACAUGCGAAGUCCGAGUAACCUCAAGGAAUUACAACGACUUUCAGGAAGAUUGGUAGCCCUGUCCCGAUUCCUCCCCCGCCUGGCUGACAAAAUCAGCCCCAUGACGAAGCUCCUGCGAAAGGCUUCGGCCUUUUCAUGGGACGAGGCCUGCGAAGAAGCCUUCACAGCCCUGAGAGCAACAUUGGCGACGCCGCCAAUCCUAACGAGGCCUAAUCCUUGA